UUCCGUCGGGGUGAGUUCUUGAAACUCCUCUUUUAAACAAACAAUUAUUAAUUAUUUUAUUACCGCGCCAGAAAUUUACAGCACAAUAAAUAAAACCGUGUCAUUAAAUUAAAUCAAUCAAUCAAUUAUAUAAUAAUAAUAAUAAUAACUACCGAUCAAUUAAAUUAGAGCUAAUUAAAUAAUAAUCAAGUUCGCGAUUAAUUAUAAUUUCGUAAUGAAUUAUCAUCAGCGAUGCCAACGGAUUUAGACAUAAAAUUAUUCAAAUGUCAUACAAUAUCCAGGAUUCCAGUUGUGGCGCCGGGAGAAAUGCUGCCGGGGGUGCCAGCGGGUCUAGUGGUAGCGGAGGUGUCCGCGGUGGGACUGCGGGAGGAAAUUGCGAUGGGGUGGAGCGAAGAAUGGUCGACAUUACCAGAGAUAAGCCAAUCAAAGUUGCUGUCAGGGUACAGGUCCCUGUCAGGGAUCACCCGAAGUUCAAUUUCGUUGGUAAAUUAUUAGGGCCAAAGGGCAACUCAUUGAAGCGUUUACAAGAAGAGUGCGGCUGUAAGAUGGCUGUUUUAGGUCGCGGUUCAGUUAAAGACCGUCAAAAGGAGGAGGAGCUGCGAGCUAGUGGUGACCCGAAAUUCUCCCACCUCAGCGAAGAUCUUCAUGUUGAAAUUAGCGCAUUUGCAACUCCAGCGGAGGCACAUGCUCGGAUUGCUUAUGCUCUUGUUGAGGUUCGUCGUUUUCUUGUUCCUGAUUAUAAUGAUGACAUAAGACAAGAACAAAUGUGGGAAAUGCAGAUGAUGAGUACAGAAAAUAAUAAUCAAGAUUUACCAUCAAGUCCCGAUGAUACUUUAUCAGAGCCAGCAGCUUCUCCAGUUUCCAGUACAACUGGCAAUGGCAAUGGUACCAGUACCGAUCACGAGUCUUCCUCUAAGCCUGGGGUAACGCAAACGGCGCAAGGCAAUGGUAUGUUGACAGGAUGUCGUAAACGACCGCUAAUUUCAUCGGGCAAUCGACCUGCCAUGUCGCCAAUUAAACGAACAGUAAUGUCACUAUUGGCACGAGCUCGUGCUGCUCAGCACAAAGAGCUACAUCAGCAAGUAGGUAUGGUUUCUAAUCAAACGCCGGCAGCGAUCCAUCAAAGUCAGUUGAAUUUGUUGGCUGCGCAGACUGCGCCAACGGUACAUACGGUUACUCAGGUGCCGCAAUUGCAGCUAAUAGGAUCAUCAAUUCCACAACAUUCGGCUUCUCGACGGCCGCCGAUUCUUCCAGCUCCUCUCCCACAGCAUCAGAUGCUGGCCCCUACGAUACAUGGACUAAUACACACCCAAAGAGUCGCCGGUGGCCCUGUACUCCCACUUGUACGGGAGGAUCUCAUUGCAGGAGUUAAUCUCGUUUAAUCUCUCUGACAACUAGCCGCUUCGUACAAAGUGAUAAGAGAAGACUUAAUACAGUGACGACUACCAGUUUAAUAAAUUUUAUUUUCUAUGUUCAGUGAAAAUUAUGCCAAUUAUUCGUUUUCCUUUAUUUGUUCUAAUCUGAAGAUUUAUCGAACAGGGUUGAACAGUGUUAUUAAUUUUUUUUUUUUACUUUUUCGCUGGUGAACCCUGGGACCAACUGUCUAGUCAUCUUAUAGUAUUAUGGUUAACAUUUAUAUAGAGCUUAAUAUAUUUUAAUAUUCCAGCAAAAUUCUAAUUAAUUAAUUUGGCUGUUAAUAAAAAAAUUCAUUUUGUGAACCAUUUUCUUAAAUAUUUAAUGUAUAAU